AUCAAACAAAGGAAAUUUCUUUUGCCCUCGCCUUCUCUUCCCAUUUUUCGAAAGCAUCGCCUAAAAUCCGCAGCGGCGUCGGCGCCGACCGUCAUUUCUCUCGGCAAUCGGCUAAAAUCUGUAACAGUUCGAAAGAGGAGAUUUGGUGCUAUCAAUCAAGAUGCCUCUUUACGAUUGUAUGCUUUUGAUGAAACCCCAUGUGAGGAAGGAGGCAUUGUUGGAUUUGGUUGCUAGAGUGGGCAAGCAUGUGUUCAGAAGAAAUGGGGUUGUCACUGACGUUAAGUCGUUUGGAGUUGUUCAAUUGGGUUAUGGCAUUAAGAAGCUUGAUGGAAGAUAUUUUCAGGGGCAACUUAUGCAGAUGACGAUGAUGGCCACUCCGAACAUGAACAAAGAGUUACAUUACCUGAACAAGGAAGAUCGGUUGUUGCGUUGGCUUUUAGUGAAGCAUCGUGACACAAAAUAUGGCCUGGAAUUCCUUAGCGAAGACGAUGGAAAGAAUGAACUUAACAAAUUUCCUCGAUUUAGCAUGAUUGGUGAUGACGACGCAGAUGAAGAAGACGACGAUGACGACGAUGACGACGUGGAGCAAGAAGGAGAGAGGAGAGAAGAGUGAAUUUUGGUUGUCUCUAUUAUGAUAGCGCAGGUAUGAACUUAGUGAAGGGACCUCUGGUACCAUUCUUGUGAUAUUGUAGGCAGACAAAUAAAGAGAUGGGUGGUUUCUUUAGUUUGUCCAUAUCAUCUGAUUCUCUGAAACAAAGAUCCAUAAGUGCCUUUUGCCUGUUUGGGGGAUGUUUUUGUUGAGAUGUCAGGUCUUGGGUUCGAACCUCUAGAUGAAAAGUUUAUGUAAUGAAUAUCUCAUCUUUUAAAACUUAAA